AGAAACAAGAUGGGAGAUUCAGUACCUCUAAAACUAGCACUGCCAGAGCUGAAGUAUCCUAUUGGUUCACAGCCAAAGGAAAAGUCAGCAAUCAACCAAUACUCUGGUUCAGAUUAUAUCUCUAUUGUCAAAAGCAUCCUAAAACCAGAUGAGAUGAUAAGAGUCCGAGGAUCAUUUCUGGGACCUGUAAUGAAGCUCAGUGAGAGAGGAUUGAAGUUAUCAGCAAAGAUAGUCUACGCCAUUCUCACUAGAAGCAUCGUUUCUGUCAAGGAGAAUGAAGCCUGGUUCCAUUUCGGUGCGCAGCCAAUGAGGUUCUCUAUAAGAGAAUUUCAUAUGAUGACAGGCUUGAAAUGUAGUGGUGCAUUAGAAGGACCACGAAGGGAAACCGAGAGAUUUAAUUGGGAAUUGCUAAAGGGGCGUAGUCAUAAGUUAAGUGACGUGGUGGACCAGCUCAGAAACACAAGAGAAGAUGCUUCUGAGGAGAGAGUAUGCCUCGCAAUGCUCAUCCUGGUAGAGAGCAUAUUAUUGCGGAAGAGCAAAGGAGGGAGUUUUCCUUUGGAAUAUGCGAAAAAUGCACAGGAUAUGACAUAUCCAUGGGGAAAAGAGGCUUACAUUGUGCUCCUGAAGUCAAUUCAAAACGCUGUCGCGAAUCAUUUGGAGAAUAAAUCCAAAUUUGAGUUGCAAGGUUAUCCUCUAGUAUUCCUUCUUUGGAUACUAGAGUCGAUUCCUUUGCUAAGGAAUAAGUUCAGUAAGUGUGUACCAACAGUUGAGGUUCCUGGGCCGACUUACUUGUGUGAAAAAUACACUGAGGUAGAGAAUCCAUCACUUGAUAGGGUUUUACAGGUUGAAGCUGAUACAAAGCUGAAGGUCCAUUGCAUACUACCUUCUAUUCCUCAUGAUCCAGAAGAUGAUAUCUCCAUUGAAGACAAAUAUAGUGACGAGCUGGAAACAGUGAAAGAUGUAACAAAGAAAGGGUACAAGAUUACAGCCGAUGACUGGGAAAAUAGGUGUGUAGACACAUUUGACACAUUGGAUGCUCUUAUUCAAAUGAUGGCAAAUAAGGAGACUGGCCAAGCUUCUACUCCGAUUGAUGAGGAUUCAGUAAAUGAAAAAGUGAACAGGAUCAUCACGGUAAUGGAGGAGAAUCUGAAGAGCAUGAAGGAUCGAAUGUCAUUACUGGAAGAAGAAAACAUACAUCUUAGAGCUCGUGUGUCAGAGUUGGAAGGAAACAACAAUGUUUUUCCCACUAACGUGACACAAAAGGUAAAUUCUCAAAACAUCUUCUUUUACAUUUGCAUUUUCAAGUAUUUUUUGGAAGAUCUUGUACAUAUUCUUGAAUGCCUUCCUAAUAUUUGACAAACAGCGAUCCAGUGGGACACCUUUAUCUCCAAUGUCUCACACGCAACCAUCGAGUGAGACACCUUUAUCUCCAAUGUCUCACACGCAACCAUCGAGUGAGACACCUUUA